UCUUGGCCUCCCACGAGGUGCUCGAGCUCAUAGAUUCCAUAAUUUUACAAAAUACAAAACAUUCCAAACCACAAAAACACACUGCCACCCAUCAACUCACACCCUCCCCUUUAACCCAUCCCUUAUUAUGGCCCCUAUUUUUCCUCCUCCGUAAUCAUUCCUUUUUAUAUAUGCAACUUGUUCUAAAAUCCUUUUUCCUUAUUUUUGAAUAAAUCUAAAGGUUAUUUAGUUAGGUGGCAUAAUAAUACCAAGUUGUAGGGUCAUUUCAUACUUUGGCUAGUUUCAUUCAAAACCUUGAAAUCUUUUCCACACACCCACAAGCACAAAAACAAAAAACACUGUUUUACUUGUGAGUCAAAGAAAACAGCACACUACUAAAAAAAAAACACAAACAUUAUCAUCUCAAACAUUCACUCAAUUCCACCUUCUUCUUACCCUUUUUCACACAACAUCCAAAAAACAUCUCAAGUUUUUCAAGAAACAUGUCGAAUCGAUGGUGGAGUGGAAGACAAACGGAGGCGAACCCGGUCGAAGGAGAGAACCGAAACGGUCCAACCCGGAUCAUUUUACGAAGAGAGUCACGAAGGGCAAGUAACGGUAGCGUUAACGGCAACGUUACCGGCGGUAACGUUACUCCAACGAGGAGUAACACCAGCAAUACCGGCACCGGCAACAGCAACGGCCAUGUUAACGACGAACUUGAGAACAGCAAUGGCCGUUCCGGCGACCAGACCGCCAGAAGUGGACGCCGGCCACGUGGACGUCCGCCGGGGUCGAAGAACAAGCCAAAACCACCGCUGAUGAUCACAAAAGAAACUCCAAACGCUCUUAGCAGCGUUAUCUUGGAAGUCGCCAACGGAGCCGACAUCGCCCAUAGCAUUUCAUCCUAUGCUAACCGUCGCCACCGUGGUGUUUCAGUUCUCAGCGGCACUGGUUAUGUUACCAACGUGACACUCCGGCAAGAUAAUGCUCCGGGAGGAAUGAUAUCUCUUCAAGGGAGGUGUCACAUUCUGUCACUCAGCGGUGCUUUUUUGCCUCCGCCUUCGCCGCCUGAUGCUACUGGACUGACUGUUUAUCUUGCUGGAGGUCAGGGGCAGGUUGUUGGAGGAUUGGUUAUCGGGUCGUUGAUUGCGUCGGGGCCGGUGAUGGUUGUUGCUGCAACUUUUGCUAAUGCUACUUAUGAAAGGUUGCCUUUGGAAGAUGAAGAUGAAGGAGAUGAAGAGAAUUUUCAAGAGGUUGAUAACAUUAAUCUUGUUGUUAACAAUGGUAAUCAUGUUGCUAAUGGUGAUGGUGGUUCUGGUUCUCUUUCUGGGUCAGCAAGUGGAAGUGGUGGUGGCGGUGGUGGUGGUGCAACUUCUCAUGGAUUAGGUGAAUACAGUUUUAAUCCAAGUAUGAUUCAAAAUGGAAAUGAUAGUGGACAUGGACACGGACACGAUGUGUUCUGGCGUCCACAUCCACCUCCAUAUUGAAAUGACCUAUCUGUUUGGUUGGUAUUACGGUAGAUGACCUAAUUUAGUUGAACACAUUAGUUUACUACGAUUUUAGUGGAUCCACCGUCUUACCAAACAAACACUAAACACAUUAUAACAUUACUCUAUACUCCUUGUGAACUUAUGUGAUCAAGUUGAGAUUGUUUUGUUGUAAUGUGUCCUAGCUAGCUAGUAAGCCAAGGUUAGGAUGUUUUCUUUUGUUGUGGGUUUAAAGGGAUCCCUUCCCUCCAUAAUUCCCAUAAUUUUGUUUUGUUUUAUAAACUUUGUGGUAGUGUCACAAUGUUUGUUUGGGAAUUUUAUAUGGUUACUACGCAACAAAAUUAACAAUAAUACAAAUGGUUUUUGUACCCAAUGAAUAAUAAUAAUACCGAAUGGUUUCUGCUUUGGAA